CAUAGCAUUUAGAACUAGAUGUUGAUGCAAUUUGAAGAAAAUUCCUUUCUUUGAAAUGUAUAGAAGUGUUAGGAGCACGUAGCUGAUCUGUAAUGACUAGAUCUAAAAUAGAAGAAAAGCUAUAAUUAUCAGCAACCCAACAGAACAUGCCAUUGCCUGCAACACCAAUCAUGUUGAAAAUAUGUUAAGUUCGUAUGAAAGUGAUGCAUGCAACCCUACCAAGAUAUCAAUUUUCGUAUGGCAGCUAUUGCAAAACAAGAUCCCAACAAGAAGCAAUCUCUUUAAAAGAGGAAUACUGAAAAAUCCCGAGGAGUGCAAGUGUAUAUUCUGCGGGGUGGAGAAUGAGGAUUCCAAUCAUCUCUUUAUACACUGUAAAAUAGCUUCAGAUUUGUGGAGGGAUUGUUACAAGUGGUGGGGCAUUAGAACAGUACAAGACAAAGACUGUAAAAAGGUUUUUGAACAGCACCCGAAUGUAGCUAAAAUGACUACAGAAAAGAUUGGAUGGGAGUGUAUCUGGUUCACGGUGACAUGGACAAUCUGGCUUGCCAGGAACGAGAAGAUCUUUAAACAGAAAGAGGUUGACAGGAGAAAGCUAUUAGAGAUGGUACAGAUAAGGGCAUUCAACUGGAUCAAAGCAUCAAGGAAGGAUGUGAGGAGGUUGAAGAAUACAAGCAUGCUGCAAACAGUUGGAAGGUACUAGAAAUGCAACUAAGGAAACCCAGUGCCAAAAAUAUCAACAAGGGAGGUUAGGGUAUUCUGGAAGGGCUGAGCACUGUGAAACCCGACACGGACAUGGUGUCGACACAAAAUAUAGGUGUCGACACCUA